AUGUAUUAUAGACUUGCAGUACAACGAUUUUUCGAUCAUUUUUCGACAAGCUCGAUGAUUCUAAAUAUUCUUUUAUUAUUUUUCCCGGUGGUUUCUGCUGAAUUCGACUUCAAGGAUCUAAAAUGGCAACCUGAUUUAAUCACAAAAGAAUCAAUUCUUCAAAAUAACGGGAAAUUAACGGUGGAGCCACUUUUCGAAGGAAUGACGCAACUUGCUUUUGUCACACCGUGGAAUCCACGUGGCUUCAUGCUUGCUCGCAAGCGAGCCGCCCGUCUCACAUAUAUUAGUCCUGUUUGGUUUCGUGUUCAUCCACUAUUCGAUACGGACCAAGAACUAUCAGACGUGGGAAUCUACGGCAAAAAGGAUAUCAAUCCCGAUUUUAUUCGAGCACUACGAAAAUCGAAUCCUGACAUCAAAAUUGUGCCACGUUUCUAUUUCGACGAGUUCAAAUCGGCGAUCUUAAAGGAAUUUGUCGUUAAAGAGGCGCUGGCUCAAAAAGUCGGACAAACUCUUGCCAACUUCUGUCACAAGCACGGUUUCGAUGGAUUGGUCAUCGAUUUGUACAGCACAUUUGUCGAUGUGAUCGCAAAUUCGGAAUUCAGAUUAGACGCGCUGGAGACUAUUGAGCACAUUGGAAAAGUUAUUAGGAAGAAUGAGCUCACCGCAAUUCUAUCCUUCCCUGCAGUUGUUAACGUCAUUGAAGAGGAAAACGGAAGCCCAAAAAGCGUCUUCUUUAUUAGUUCAGAAGAAUGCAGUGGCUUAGUUGCUGCCUAUUAUCAUCUCCAGCUUUGGACGUACACGGAUGCACUGAAAGGAAGCCGAAAAUAUGUCAACGACGAGUUCAUUUAUCACAAUCUUCAUCACUGCGGAUUCUCGCCAAAACUCAUGAUUGGAAUCAACUUCUAUGGAAUUGAGCUCAAUUUGAAAGGCGCGACUACAAUCACAGCUAAAAGGUUCUUACAAGUUCUUAAGGGGGAGGAUUCGGUUUUCAAGUUCAAUGAGGAGAGCAAAGAGCAUAUGCUACUUUUUGAACGCAAUAAAUCCACAAUAAUUUUCCCGACUCUUACAACUCUGGAGCAUCGAAUCGCGUUAGCAAAAAAGUUCAACGCGAGUAUCUCCAUCUGGGAUUACGGACCAGGACUGGACUAUUUUACUAAUUUGGUUUAA